GAGUUUAAAAAAGGGAAAAGAGAGAGAGAGAGAGAGAGAGAGAGGAACAAGAACAAGAACAAGUUGAUUUUUUAUUCUCAAAGAUCCUGACUGACAUACAAAGAGUCUCUUUAGGCAUCUGGUAUUGUGCUGCAGCCAUUGGUUUCUCCACUCAAAUUCUUCAUAAGUUUCAGCACAUCAUGUAAUACCGCUUCGUCUUCUACGGGUCUGAGGCAAUUUUGAUCACUUUGCUUCAGAACCUCAACUGUUUUUUUGUGUCUUUUAACAUAUGAUUCUGUCAGGGGAAUAGAGUGUAGCAUAGUUUUCAACACUCUGCUUCUGUCAGACCAAUAGUGUUGCUUCACUCUGUUUAUGAGAAUUUUUUUCUGGGGUUUUAGCUGGAUUCUGGACCCGUUUAGCUAGUAUUUCGUUUUCUUGAUUUUUCACAUACUUUUCGUCCCACAAGAUCCAUAUCUAUACGCAUUGGGUAAAGAUGGUGAAUUGGGAGGAGUUUGGGACGAAGCAUACGUUGGUGGGACUUGGGUUGGGCCAGUUUCUUUCGCUUCUAGUCACUUCAACCGGAUUCUCAUCUUCUGAACUCAGCAGAAAAGGAAUUAAUGCGCCAACUUCGCAAUCUUUCUUGAAUUAUGUGUUUUUGGCAUUGGUGUAUGGAAGCAUUAUGCUCUACAGAAGGCAAGCCCUCAAGGCAAAAUGGUAUUACUACAUCUUGCUUGGAUUGGUCGACGUGGAAGCCAAUUUUCUCGUUGUGAAGGCAUACCAGUAUACAUCAAUCACAAGUGUCAUGCUGCUUGACUGUUGGACAAUACCAUGCGUCCUAUUUCUCACCUGGUUCUUUUUGAAGACAAGAUACAGAUUCCAAAAGUUGUUUGGUGUAGUGAUAUGUAUUGCGGGUCUUGUGGUGGUUGUUUUUUCAGAUGUACAUUCUGGAGAUAGAACAGGCGGUAGCAAUCCUGUUAAAGGUGAUCUGCUUGUUAUUGCUGGGGCCACACUUUAUGGUGUUAGUAACGUCAGUGAGGAAUAUUUUGUUAAAAGUGCUGAUAGGGUUGAGCUUAUGGCAUUCUUGGGCAUUUUUGGUGCCAUUAUCAGCGCUUGCCAAAUAAGCAUACUCGAACGUGAUGAACUCAGAUCUAUUCACUGGACAGCUGGAGCGGCGCUUCCUUUCAUCGGAUUUUCUGUUGCCAUGUUUCUGUUUUACUCCGGAGUUCCCAUCUUAUUGAAGAUUAGUGGAUCUACAAUGCUAAAUCUGUCAUUGCUCACCUCAGAUAUGUGGGCUGUUCUGAUCCGGAUCUUCGCUUACCAUGAAAAGGUUGAUUGGAUGUACUUUGUAGCCUUUGCUGCUGUUGCUGUUGGGCUCAUUGUAUAUUCAGGGGGCGAUAAAACGGAGCAGAACACUGCUGAGGUUGCUGACGAGGAGGCGGGCACAGGUAACCGGGACGUUGCUUCCACCAGUGCUGCUCAGAAAGAUGGCACAGAGACGGCAACUAAGAAAUAAGAAUUGUUGAAGAAAUAGCAUCAAGGGGACUAUACACGCCAAGUUAGUUACUUAGACACAGAUAUAAGUGUACAUGGUUAUGUUGUUCUCAUGAAUCAUUAAUUUAGAGCAAUACAGAUACUACCAACUUACACCUAUCAAUGGGCGGACAAUGUUCAUAUUCCAAUUCACUAUAAUAGUUAAUACUCAAACUUGAUUCCGAUAUUUUUUCAUCAA